ACCACCAGAAAUCCCGCCCCUCUCAAUUCUCCAACACCACUCAUUCGCUCUUCCACAGAAUCAAUCAUGCAUUCCUCCAUUUCUGCGCUGGCUUUUGCUGGCAUGAUCGGCAGCAUCGUUUCUGCCAGUCCGCUUGAAGCCCGAGGAGCAACAAGCAAGCAGUGCUAUACUUUGCUGGGAACGCGUUCUGUCGGUAACGUGCCAACGUAUGUUACGACAAUCAGCACUCAAUGUACUGUAACAUCGCAUUUUUCAACAAGCCAAACGGUCAUCCUUUACCCUCAAACGGGUACCAUCACGAUCACAACGACGCCAACGCUCUCGACUGUUUCGACAUCCACAGUGCCCGUCCCAACCAGCUGGUUCGCAGUCCAGGACUCCCUCUCGGGCGCCUCGUACGAUGGUACCGGAGGAUCCGACCCUAUCGUGAGCAAGCGUGCACUUGACGUCGCUGCGAAGGUCACAAAAUCGUAUCCCGAGCAAGUGACAUGCACAGCCUACGUUCCAUCACGGAUAUGCUCCACCCUGCGCACGACGAGCACAUCGACGGCGACGAUUACUCCGAAGAAGAUCUACAGCACGGUCACGAGCACAACCACCUCGACAACUUACACAUCUUCUACGACGGUCUACGCGGCCUGCGCAACCAACAACUUCGUGGAUACCGUCGCGAGUGGGCCGGAAGGACCGGGCAUUGGCGGUAUCGCUCUGCAAGGCGGUGGUGCUUUUACAGACGACGUGACCGCAGUGGUUAAUUCGGCCUACAACUGCUGUGUUUUCGGACUCGGAGUGCCGUUCGCCGCCGCCGUCUUCGCAUGGGAUGAAACGACUGGCAACUGCUUUGUGGCAGGGAACAGCAACACAUGCCCGGCGGGUGGGCAGAACAACAACUUUGCGCAAGUGCAGACGCAGAGUAGUGUGCAGUAUGUGGCAGGAAACCUUCCUUGCGGCGCAAUCACCGAAGCAGAUUAGCAGUGUGUGUUGAGUUGAUAGAAAAGCGAUAGUCGUCAAGUGCC